CCAGUUGGUGGCGGUAAUGCACACCGAAAAGAUGUUCGCCAACCGCCAAUUAACGCAACAAGAAGAAGAAGGAGAUACUCAAGCAAAUCAAUAUGGCGGCGUCCGUAACAUUCAGGAGGUUAUGUUUGGGUAUAAUCGUGAUAUUUCGUUGUUUGCGGAGAGUCAGGCGAAGAAGUCAACCUUUGGUAAAUUUACUUGACAGAGUCAGCUUUUGUAAAGUGGAUAAAACCAACGAUUGUCUAAUCAGGGCUUACAGACACAGGAAACAACGACAGACGUUGAGGUUCAUCACGCUGCUAAGCAGAAUCAUCAGUGGAAACCGCGUGGCACGAACUGUUUGGGUGAGAGAGCGGAGCCAACACUGGUGGCUGCAUAUAGUAAGAAAGACAUUCAACCCUCAGCAAUGGAUUGAAAACUUCAGAAUGAGCUACAGUACCUUCCAAUGGCUUUGUGAGUCCCUCAGGCCUUACAUCUCCAAGGCAGAAACCAGAAUGCAACAGCCUAUUCCUGUGGAGCAGAAAGUUGGCGCUGUAUUGUGGUUUCUUGGAACCACAUCAGAUUAUCGGACCAUUGCUCACCUUUUUGGAAUAUCCAGAGCCUCACUGUGCAACUUUGUCAAGGAUGUUUGUGAGGCAAUAUGCAAUCAUCUGACACCACAGUUUGUGAAGCUCCCCACUGAUAGAGAGGCUACAAAUAUUAUGGAGUCAUUUAAAGAAAAAUGGGGAUACCCUACUUGCAUAGGUGCCAUUGAUGGCUUACACAUACCCAUUGUCGCCCCAAAGGAGAGCAGAGUUGAUUAUUUUAAUAGAAAGGGCUGGUAUAGUAUUAAUAUGCAAGGACUUGUAGACGACAGGUAUAUGUUUAGAGAUCUCUGUAUUGGAUGGCCAGGAAGCACUGAUGAUGCUUGUGUUUUAGUUAACUCCCAGCUAUACCGGUUUUGGGAAAAUGGUGUGUUCCCCCAUCUUCAAACAGAAAUUGAUGGUGUGAUGGUACCUGCCGUUAUACUUGGUGAUCCAGCAUUCCCCCUCUUACCCUGGCUGAUGAAGCCUUAUCCAGAACAUGCCGGGACAACUGAAGCCCAAAAAAAGUACAACCUCAUCCACAGCCGGAACAGGAUGGUGGUAGAGAACGCCUUUGGGCGGCUAACAGGGAGAUGGAGAAGGCUUUUGAAGCGAAUCGACAACAAGACAUCAGAUGUUCCGAAGGUCAUAGCUGCCUGCUGUACCCUACACAAUAUCUGCGAGACCCAAGGAGAGGAUUUCCUUGAUCAGUGGGCCAAUGAGGCAAAUCAGCCACCUAGUAACAAUUUGGUCGAUGGAGAUAAUAAUCCUGAUAUUAACAAUGCCCACAAUAUAAGAAAUGCUAUCUGUCGUUACUUUGCAAAUCAAAUUUAGCCUUACAUUGACUGAAAUCCAUCCAUCCAUUUUCUGACCCGCUCAAUUCCUUAAUGGGGUCGCGGGGGUUGCUGGUGCCUAUCUCCAGCGUUCACUGGGCGAGAGGCGGGGUACAUCCUGAACAGGUCGCCAGUCUGUCGCAGGGCACAUUGACUGGAAUAUUUUAUCUAUUGUAAAUAGUUUCUUAAAGUUAAGUUUCAUACACAUUUUUACAAUUACUGAUGUGUGGAAACAAUUUUUGUAUGAAAUAUUUUAUGUAAAUAAUUUCUAAAAGUUGAGUUACAUAUUUUACAAAUCUACUUUACUAUUUUUUUAUUUUAUUUUACAGUUACUGAGAUUGUCCAUAAUUAGAAAAGUUGGGGAAAGAGGUCGAAGUCGAAGGGGAUGCAGGGUUCAGAGGCUGUAAUUGUGCUGGUUGUUGCGACAUCAUUUGGACCAUCGUUGCACCAAUCUCAUUUCAUUUUCCUGUUCUUGAUUUAUCAUUCUCUCAUUUAGCCUGUUAAAAUAAAAAUCACAUAUAUUGUACAUACUUUUAGAAAGACCAACAUUUCUGUAUUAAAAUUAUAUCUUAUUACCUCAAAUAAGUAUACAAAGAGAGCACUGCACCAAUUGGUCUGGGUCUUGACUCUGAUUUUUGAGGAGGGGGCUGUGAUGCUGUUAAGGAGGACAGUUUUGAUCCUUAUAAAGUCCAAGUGCAACAGCAAAACAAAUAACUAGUGUCUAAGCUCAAAAACCUCUUCCUGCUGUAAAAACAUACUGAUCUGGGUGAGACAAUCUCAGGGGGCACAGUCCUCAUAUGUAUGCUGUAACAUAUGUGAUUUUCUACCUGCAAACAUGAUUAAAAACUCCAUUUAAGAG